AUGCUUCGAGUUGGGCUGCUCGUUCUUGCUCUUCUUCCAACUGUACAACUCUUUGGAAUUAAGCCUGAUCUAUAUUAUAAGAACCAAUUAGCUAUUGGACCAUGCAUAGCUGGAAAAUGCCCCGAGGCUUUCAUGUGUGAAAACUCUCGUUGUCGUCCUGAUAUGUCGAAAAUGCAGAUCAUAGGGCCUUGUAUCAACUACAAAUGUCCUGAGAGUUACAGUUGUCAUGAAGAUGAAUGCAUACGUCCACCAGCUCGUAAGAGAGAAGGAUCUGAAGCAAUAGGACCAUGUGUGAACAAUUUGUGUCCCGAUAAGCAUGUGUGUGAAGAGACAUCCUAUCAAUGUUUCCCACAGAUUGAGAUCAACUUUCCAUGA